GCCGCCAUGGCCCUGCCGGAGUGGCACAUCGCCGUGAAGCUGGCGGAGCAGCCGCUGGCCCCCAAAUCCAUCCUGCGCCUGCCGGAGACCGAGCUGGGCGAGUGCCCGCUGGGCGGCUGCAGCAUCUCGCACCUCAAGCAGCUCAUCGCGGGCAAGCUGCAGGAAUCCAUGCCGGACCCCGAGCUCAUCGACCUGAUCUACUGUGGCCGGAAGCUGAGGGAUGACCAGACGCUGGAUUUUUAUGGAAUCCAGUCUGGCUCCACUGUCCAUGUCCUGCGUAAAUCCUGGCCUGAGCCUGACCAGAAACCAGAGCCCGUGGAUAAGGUGGCAGCAGUCCGGGAAUUCCGUGUCCUGCACACUGCCCUGCACAGCAGCCCUGCCUACAGAGAUGCUGUCUUCAAGAUGCUGGGAAACAAGGAAUCCCUGGAUCAGAUCAUUGUGGCUACUCCCGGCCUCAGCAGUGACCCCGUGGCUCUGGGAGUUCUGCAGGACAAGGAUCUGUUUUCCGUGUUUGCAGACCCAAAUAUGCUGGACACGUUGAUCCCAGCUCACCCUGCCCUGGUGAAUGCCAUCGUGCUGGUGCUGCACUCAGUGGCUGGCAGCACCCCCCUGCCAGCCCCAGACACAUCCUCACGGGCCAUGGCCUUGGGCUCCUACCGGGACAUGCCAGGUGGCUUUCUCUUUGAGGGGCUCUCUGAUGAUGAAGAUGACUUCCACCAGAGCACGAGGUCCACCCCUUCCAGCAGCACAUCGGGCUCACGCCCGGCCUCGCUGGGCUACGCGGGGGCGGCGGGGCCCCGGCCCAUCACCCAGAGCGAGCUGGCCACGGCCCUGGCCCUGGCCAGCACACCUGAGAGCAGCUCCCACACACCCACCCCGGGCACACAGGGCCACUCCUCCGGGACGUCCCCGAUGUCCUCCAGUGUCCAGUCAGGGACACCCAUCACCAAUGACCUGUUCAGCCAGGCUCUCCAGCACGCCCUGCAGGCCUCAGGGCAGCCCAGCCUCCAGAGCCAGUGGCAGCCCCAGCUGCAGCAGCUGCGAGAUAUGGGAAUCCACGACGACGAGCUGAGCCUGAGGGCCCUGCAGGCCACGGGGGGGGACAUCCAGGCUGCCCUGGAGCUCAUCUUCGCCGGGGGGGCCCCCUAAAUCUUCCUGCUGGGCUGGUGAGUUGUGCUGAGGCAGCAGCUGGGCUGGUUCUUGGCUUGUUCUCCUUUGGGGGAGCACUGAGGGCAGCUCCAGAUCCUCUCUCCAACCUCCUCAGGACACGGAGAAGGGAAGAGGUGCUGGAGAUGUGACCCUUCCAGAUGUGCAGUGUUUUAUCUGUCCCCACGCUCUGCCUGUCGUUUCAAUCCCGGAUUAAACGGACCCUGGGCAGUUCCCUGCC